UGGAGUUAAAGGCAAAAUUAAGUUUUCGUUACAAAGAGUUAUCCUAUCUAUAUAUGCAGCUGAUGACAAAAGCUUCUGAAUGUGAUGAAGCUUAUCAAAUUGCUAAAGAUGGAUUUUGGAAAAUGUCAGAACAAAUGGAUGCAUGUUGUCAAGGGAAAAAGAAAAUGAAAGAAGUGCGUAUUGAAGAAAAUUGUAGUGCGUAUCAAGAUGUUGACACUAAUCCAUCUGAAGUUGCCUAUAAUAAAAUAAAAGGCAUCAAAGUGAAAGAAAAAGUCACCUACAAGUCGAGCAAGAGGCCAAGAAGUGCACUGGAAAUGGCUACUAAGAAACGCAAGUACAAGGUGAAAGAGAAGUCUUCAUCGAAAAAAUUACAGGAAUUUGGAAAUAAUGUUGUUCAUUCAAGUAUGGAUUCUGCUACAAUUCAAGGUUUUGUUCGAGAAUUACCACCCCAGCAGGAAUUUGGAAUUCCAAUAGAAGACAUUUACAAUAGGCGAAAUCCUAAAAACAUGACACAAUUAUUGCAAACGUUGGACCCUAACUUCUACCAAGGCUAUGAUUUGAUGUCUUCAAGUUCAAUAGCACACCAGCAGCGUCAAUGAGUUUUGUCCAAGCACAAGAACUGGGAAAUAAUGAUGAUAGUGAUCAACAAGUUGCUAAACAUGAAUGAUCAGGGCAAAAAUCUUGGAUGGUGUGAAGUUAUACAUUUAUACACCUCGGAAUCUAUCCACUCUUUUCUUUCUGUUCCCUUGUAGAAGAGGGAUCAUAGAUUUUUAUACACAUUCCAUUUUUUGUUUUCCUCUUUCUGAGGUUUGAGCACAACGUUAUGUUUUAAAGCCACAAAAGCAAUCCAUGGAGACCAAAGCCAAUAAUUUUCAACUUUGACAUGAAAUAACAUCUUAGCUGCACUUAAUCAGACAAGGGGAAUAUCCACAACACCUUCCCAGAUAUUUGGGAUUUCACUUAUCAUCUUACAAUCAAAGCAAAAGGCUAACGAUCUCACACACAAUUAACUUGAGUCUGCAUAGCUCUAGUCUCUCUCAAAGAUACUGCAACAAUAUAUGCUUUAAACACGCGAACAUUGAAGGGAAGCAUGCCAACCCCUUAUUCAGUAAUAGUAGUGGAUCGAAAUAACAUGAACCCCUAGAAUGCAAUCUCUGAAGCAGAAUUUACUUCGGAAGUCUCUAGAAUGCAAAAGCAAGACAUUGUAAAUCAAACCAAUCGUAACAAGCUCUAGAAUGCAAUCUCUGAAGCAGAAACAGAAGGAGAGGCUUUGUGCAGGUCAGACACUGCAAUACAGCAUUGGCAUAACAA